AUGGGAGCUACCUAUAAAAUUUUCGGGAAAACAUUUCAAUCACAUCAACUGGCAAUAGCUACACUACUGACUGUUGGUGCAGUAGGAUUUGUUAUGACCGAGAAGGGCAAUAAGUCGGUUGAAUCACCAAACCUUCAGGCAAAACUCCAAAGUGGAGCAUCAGAAGCAGCAAAAUCUAAUAGCGAAGACAUCAAUGUCGAGAAGUUACUAACCGAACUAAUCGAAGAAAAUGAUGAAACUGUUAAUUGA